UCACAAAUCAAAUUCUUUUGAAACCAAACUUCGUAAGAACUUAUCAAUUUUAGAAACGAAUGCAAAACCGAUUGUUUAGACCCAUUCGUUGUUUUUUGAUAUCUUGUAUCGAUAUUUUGUGAUACGUGUAUAAAUGCAUAUAAAAAGAGGUUAAUCAAUGGUUUUUAAUACUUUAUUUUCAUUUCCAACUUUUGACUCAGUUCAGUUCAACUCCAACCAACAAAAUGCGAUUCUUAAUAAUCUUGUCUCUCGCUUUAUGCAUUGGUUUCGCUUAUGCAGCCAGCGUUAACCGAUCAAAGCGUGAUAUCCAUGAUGACAUGGAAAGAAUUAUCAAAGAUAUAAAAAAGAAAGGUAUUGACCAUGUUGGUGAUGACAUCAAAAAAUUUGCUCAUACCUUCAAGGAUCAAAUAAAGUCAUGGCAUUGUCCAAAUAUCUUUGAUAUACUUAAUGCAUUGGCUAGUAAAAAAGGUGCUAAAAUUGCUAAAGUCCUGUUCGAAACUGCUGUUUGUAAAGCAUUGCAUUUGCAUUAACCUGUUGUUUCAACCUUAAGAUUCAUUUGCGAUUCACCCAAAUUUGUGACUAAAGACUAAUAUAUUAUAUUAUAAUAUUUAAAAUAUUAUCUUUAAAUUCUUGACCGAUCUGUUUGAAAUGUUUAUCCUUAAAAUUCUAUGAAUAAAAUAAAUAAUUGAAUAAACGA